UAGAAGUUUACAAUUAUUUUUGUAUGGUAUUUAUGUUUGCAGUAAAAAACCCAUCAAUAAAUAAUUAAUUAAUUAAAAAAAUAGUAAAGCAUAAUUAUUAAUAGAUGAAUAAUAAAUUAAAGAUAAGAUCUUUUGACUUUUAACUUGCUACUGAUGACUCUUAACAAUCAUCCAAAGUACCAGCGACACUUAAAAGUGUUUAAUAUAAAUGCUAAAUUAUCAACAACAUUAUGAAAACAGCUUUAACUUAAACAUUUAUUAGCAAUUCAGACAAGGAAUACUCAGAAACAAAUUAUUACUUUCCAAUUUAGGAAGGCAUUUGUUUAGAAUCAUUUGAAGCUAAAUUCAACGAAAAAACCAUAAAAGGAAUCAUCAAGGAAAAAUCUUAGGCAAAAAACGAAUAUCAAGAAAACAAAUAACAAGGUAACUUUGUUUCAUAUGCUGAGACUUCUACAGAGAAAGAUCAAGACUAUUGCAAAAUACUUUUAGGAAACUUGCCUCCUAAUCAGAAAUAUUUUAUUGCUUAAAUACCACUUCAAUACUGUGAGGAUGAAGUCUCUGCUAAACUUGGAAUAAAUGUUCUAACUUUAGAUUUAUUCUGCACUGGAAAAAUUACUUACGCUGAAUCAAGAGGUUAUCCAGCUUAAAAAAAGGUGAUUGAUGAUAACACAGUCAAAUUUGAUUUGAGUCAAGCUCUUUUAUAAAAAGAUUUAGGUUUCUAGCUUGUAUUUGCUUUCGAAGGCAUGUUUGAACCUCAAGUUAUUUUUGGAUCAAGCAUGAUUUACCAUGAAGACUCAGUAAAAAGAGCUGUUCUUCCUGUGAGCAACUCUGUGAUGGUUUCUUUUAUUCCUAAUUUUAAUGAAGAAGUAACUAAGGAGUUAGAUGACGCAAUUAGAGCAGCUAUACAUAAAGGAGAUGAUGUCUUUAGUGACGAAUUCUAGUAAAAAAUGAACUCAGAGGUAAUUGAUCACCUGAAUUCUUCAAGAAGUGAGUUUAUUUUCUUAUUAGAUAGGAGUGGAUCUAUGAGUGGAUAGCCUAUACAAAAAGCUUGUGAGGCUCUUAUCUUAUUCUUAAAGAGUCUUCCUAUAGAUAGUUACUUCAAUGUAGUCAGCUUUGGCUCUUCUCAUGAAAAGUUAUUUUAAACUUCAAUCAAAUAUGAUACCAAUAGCCUAGAAAAAGCAAUCAAAAUAAUAAAAAAUUACACUGCUGAUUUAGGAGGAACCGAAAUAUAUAAACCUCUAUAAAGCGUUUUUAAGGAAACUAAAAUUGAUGGGUACAACAAAUAAAUAUUUUUGUUGACAGAUGGUGAAGUGGAAUCCCCCAAAGAAGUUGUAAAGUUGAUAAAAAAAAAUAAUAAAUAUAACAGAAUUAACUCUAUUGGUUUUGGAUCAGGUGCAGAUAAGUAUUUAAUUGAGGAGAGUGCAAUUGCUGGCAAAGGCAUUUCUAAGAUUGUAGAUCUUCAAUGUGAUUUAUCUGAAAUUAUCAUCGAAAUGCUCUCUCUUUGCAUAACUCCUACCCUCGAUUAGUUCCAAAUAAAUUAUGAUAACAAUAUUUUUGAAUCUACUUAUCCUUCUAUGACUAACUUUCCUUGUGUCUUUAAAGAUGAAGUACUAAAUAUUCAUUUUUUUUUCAAACCUACAUUAGACUGUUCAAGCUUGACUGAAUCACAAAAGUAAAUUUCAAUAGAAUAUUUCGACUCUCGUAAAAAAUAAAAAAUUUAGAAGUAAAUAAAGUUAGAAAUGUAAGAUAGCUUUACUUGCAACCCAGAGCUAUAAUAAUCUGUAUUUAAAAUUGGAAAACAACUAUUUUUAAAUGAAAAUAUAAUAUAAGAAGAUUGUAGCUCAUCGUUAAUUUAGUAAUCAAUUGACUAUUAGCUUCUCACAGAAAAAACUGCUUUGAUUUGUGUAAUUGAAACUUUGAAUGAUGAGUAAAAAACUAUGUAUGAAAAUAUAUCCCAUAGUAAAUAGUAUACAAACUAUUAAUAAGAUUCUGAUUUGGAAAACAUAUCUAAAUAGGUUCAUUGUUUGAAAACCGCUAAUUUGUCAAUUACUUAACUUUUAAUGGAUUAAUCUGCAACAUUAUAAACGAUUAAAAAGGGAUCAUCAAAUUCUUUAAAAUCCAACACAUCUUCAUCAAUAUUUACUAAAAUUAAGAAUUUUUUCACAUCUUCAAAAAAAUCUAGUAAAUGCCCUGCUUCUACUAAUUAAUUUUGUAAUGAUUAAAUGGAUUUUAUUGAAUAUUAACAAAAUUGUUUCAACCAAGAGAGUGAUUGUUAAUUUGAAGAGCUUAAGGAGAGUCCAAAAAAAUAAUUUUAUAGAUUUAGAGCACAUUAAUAAUAGUUAGAAAAAUAGGAUGAAAAUGAUUAUGAUGAAGAUUUUAAAAAUAAAAAAAGUGAAAGAGAAUACUAGCUAAAAGAAAAAGAAAGCUAUCCUUCUAUUCCUAAGAUAGAAAAUUUGCUUAAUUUGGUAAAUUCUGAAGGUGUAUGGAAGUAUGAUGAAGGUUUAAUUAAAUAAUAUUGCAAAAAAAAUAUGGACACAAUAAAGAAAUAUUCCUCUAAAUUUAAAUCUCAAGAUGGAUUUAUGACUUUGCUUAUUGUAAUUCUACUUGAAACCUAUUAUGCUUAGCAAAAAUCUAAGUGGAUGCUCAUUUCUAAAAAAUCAAUUAACUUCCUAAAAUCUUAAAUAAAUUAAUCUGAAGAUUUAAUUUAAAUCAAAGAGAGUAUCAGAUAAUUAAUAUCUUAGUGAUUUGAUUAAUAUCUUAUGCUUUAAAAAGACAAAUUAUUAUUUUUAAUUAUUAAUUAAUUUUAACUUAAAUCUUUUUAUUUAUUUACUUACUUACUUAAUUCAUAUUUUUAUGGUCAAUCAUGAUUAUUUGUCUUAACUUUUAAUUUAUAUAUCCCGUAAAAGAUCCGAAAGAUAUUUUUAUUUAACGACUUGUUUGGUAAUAUAACCAAUAAAUAUAUAUCUUUGAAAGAAAA